AUAACGUGCAGCGCUCUCUGAAAGAAAGCGGUGGAGAGGUCUCAUUAUGUUUUAUUUAAAAUAAUAAAUACUCAAACUAUUUGUUGCCAUUACUGGAGCAAGAGGGCGAUAUUUGGACAGCAUUUAUCUGAUAGAAGAUCAUUGAGACCUGCUGAGUGAUGGCAGCCUCAUUGCCUCAGAAGCCAGGGAUGGCAGGGAUGCCCCCCCAGCAGCAGCCCCACCUGGCCCCCCCCGGAGCUGCCUCGGCCGCGGGGCAGCAGCCCGUGCCCCCCCAGGGAGCCCUGAGGGAGAUCUCCCCGGUGUUCCUCUGCAGGAUCGGACAGGAGACCGUCCAGGACAUCGUCACUCGCACCAUGGAGAUUUUCCAGAUCACACGAGCAACGCAGCUUCCUAACGGUGUGACCCAGAGCCAGGCCAUGUACCAGGACCGCUUUGGGAAGCUGCAGGAACACCUGAGGCAGCUUGCCCUGCUCUUCAGGAAGCUGCGGCUGCUGUACGAACGCUGUGUGGAGAUGACCUCUGACCUCCAGGAAGGACCAGCAGAGAUUCUGCCAUACGUUGGAGAGGAGCUUCUUUCUGUCAAAGUGGAGCCCUGCAGUCCUGCUGUCAACCAGGAGAGGAAAGAGGUUCUAGAGAAGGUGCGUCAGAAGAACCAGGAGAUGAAGGUGCUGAUGGAUCAGAUGAGGAACCUGCUGUGGGACGUCAACGCCAUGCUGACGCUCAGGAAGUGACACGUGCACUCUCUCAUGACGAGAAGCAUUGCUCUGUAGACGUAUGGACUGCAUAAUGGCAAAGGGAAGGGGAACAUCUUUGCUGGAUUUGGAAUACAGGACAUUUGUGUUGGCACUUCAUCACUGAAACACUCGCAGUUCGACCAAGAGCUUCUGCUGUUAAUAAUGUAUUAUAUUUAAGCUGUUAAAGGGGAAAUAUGAUUUAGAUAGGAUUCAUGAGAGCCAAAAGGAUACAAUUUGUUAACCUGAUGCACUCCAACUCCAACAUUCUCUUUUUUUACAAGGCAGCUGCCAGGUUUAGGUUUGUACUGUUUGUCAUGGUGUUUACUCUAAUGGACUAAUGUUUUCUUACUAUUUAAAACCUGUAUUGUCUCAGGUAAGAACACCCUCUUCACAGUGUUUCCCCCCCCGGGUGCUGACUCAGCAGCAGACGGACUUGAAUGCAUCGCAGGUGAUUCUGAGAGUGCAGGAGCUGAGCUGAUGACUGUGUUUACAAAAGGAACAAUUUCCCCCUUGAUUAUGCUCCGUCAGUUGUAGAAACACUUUGAGUUCAGAAUUGAAAUUAGCCUCUUGGCAGCUAUGCAUCUCAGGUGCUUUGUACAUAAGUGAGUGUGUGUGUGUGCAUGUGCUUAAUGAGAUUAGCUUCCUGAGUGCUACACACCUGUUUACCCUGAGGGUGUGCAGACUUGCUUGCCUGUGAAUUUAUUUUUGUAAACUGGGAUGAAGGUAGGCCUAAAGGGGUAAUUUGCGUUUUCUAUCAAAUAAACUUUUUUUUUUAAACAAAUCUUUUGAACAU